GAGGAUGAUAAAGUGGAUGAUGACAAAUACUCUGUGCAAGAAGAACUCGCAUUCGAUAUGAAAAAUGGAAAAGCCAGUAAGGACGGUGCAACUUGGCUCAGUUCAACACUUGUGCCACCAAUUUAUUUUCCCUUCUUGACGUCCAGUGCCACAUGCCUCCUUGACAGUGAUGACACCAAGCUUCAGACAUCCCUCAUAGAUGCACUGAAUUUAGAACAUAUUUCGACUCAAAAGAGAUGGUGGACAUUUCGUAAUCUGUUCCUCCUGGGACAGGAACCCAAAGAAAAUCUCUUAGACAAGAAAAGGCAUGCAAGUAAAAGAGAACAUGGGCAAAACAAUAAAAGAACGCUUGAGGACAGCAGUCAAGCUAGCUCUGAAGAUGGAGUGAAGCACCUUAAUUUGGCAAGGUAUUCAGCCGUGACUCAGAGGUCUUGGGAUCUCAACACCCCACAGUGCUUAUCUUCAGAGGUUAACUUGAAACAGACAUUCCCAUCAGCGCAUGGUCUCUUUAGUCCACAUUGCGAUCCACUGUGUCCUUCGCCUCCCAUCAUGCCAAUCUUUCCUGAAGAUGCGGGACAACCAACUGAGACACAGCACCCCAUUUUGUCUUCUCCCGUCAAAGAGUCCCCCACUGAAGCAGCAACAUGUAAUCUACCCACUAUAGUUCUUCCAGAGUGUACAAUUGCAGAUACAGAAAGAGAGAAAAGUCUAGUUUUCAGACCGGCCAAUCCUCAUCUGAGGCAUUCUGUCAGAAACAAUAGAACAUCAGGUAGCUCACUGACUUCUGUGGAUAAUGCAGGUCAUGUAAUUGACCUAGUAAAUGACCAGCUGCCAGAUGUUAAAAUAUCUGAAGAAGAUAAAAAGAAAAAUCUUGAGUUGUUAGAAGAAGCAAAGAGGGUGAGUGAGAGGUUUCUCACUCGUAGAGGAAGAAAAUCAAGAAGCAGCCUCUCUGAUUCUCCCACAGCGCCAUCACCGGUACUUAGUCCCAGUAUUUCACCUGUGCCAUCUCGGAAUAACUCAUUCACUCUUCCAAGCCCAACAGGUUCUGAUACAUGUGGAUCCAAUGUUGUUGGUUCGGUAUCUUCACUGCAAAACACCGCAAAAGGAUUAACUGAUCAAAAAGAGAAUGAACAAGGAAACGCUACUCAGGGGGGAUUGGGUCCUCACACAGCUGUUUCGGAAAAUCCAAAGGAGAAGCUAUCUGAACAAAAGGAGAAUUGUGAUCCACAUGCACAUAUGGAUCACCUAACCAGAUCCUGCACUUCAGGUACCAGCUCUGGCAGAGUAUCUCAAAAUAGCAGCACAAACAUCUGUGGAAAGGAACUUGGAAAACAGUUCCCUAAAAAAGCAAAAGAAAACGACUCUCCUUUCAAAGGCCACUUGCAAGGCCCAGGGAUGGUUACUGCGGACCCAAAAUUAAAGGGCUUGGCACCAAUACUGCCACUUUCCAAAGUUUCACAUAAAACAGAACUUAGUCCAUCUGGUGCCUGUCCUCCUCUGCUACGAACUGUUUCGUGGGAUCAUGCAGAACCUUCUAAUGCAGGAAAGGCACUUUUUAAACCACCACCUGAAGAUGAUCAACAGUUUGCCCUUGGUAAUAAAUCCAGCAGUGUAUCAACUAAAUCUUCGGCAUUCAAAGACCUCCUGAUACAGGUUCAACCAAUCAGAAUGCAAAAAUUGACAAAGCUGAGAGAGGAACACAUAUUGAUGCGGAAUCAACAUUUAGUUGGACUUAAACUCCCAGACCUCAGUGAAGCUGCUGAACAGGAAAGAGGGUCUUCACCAAUUCCUUUCUUACUGGAGGAAGAGGAAGAGGAGGAGGACAAGGUGGAGGAGGAGGCAGCAAAGACUAGACGUGAUGUCAUGCCCAACAUUCCUGACACGCUCUUACGAAAGCUCCGAGUGCACACCUCUCUUCCAGGAAGUUCUCCUCCACUUACUGAAAGAGAAGUCGAGAAUGUAUUUGUGCAACUUUCAUUGGCUUUCAGAAAUGAUAGUUAUACUUUAGAAUCAAGAAUUAACCAAGCUGAGCGGGAGAGAAAUCUUUCUGAGGAGAACACAGAGAAGGAAUUGGAUAACUUUAAAGUGGCUAUUACGACUUCUGCUUCCUUAUGGCAUCAUUCUGAACACAGAGACAUGUACCAGAAGUUGUUAGAGGACAUUGCGGUGCUUCAUCGUUUGGCCUCUAGAUUAUCCAGUCGGGCUGAGAUGGUUGGAGCUGUCCGCCAGGAGAAACGCAUGUCGAAGGCCACUGAAGUAAUGAUGCAGUAUGUGGAGAAUUUGAAAAGGACAUAUGAAAAGGAUCAUGCUGAGCUCAUGGAGUAUAAGAAACUUGCCAAUCAGAAUUCUAGCAGAAGCUAUGGCUCUCCUGAAGAUGGUGUUCCACGUACAUCUAGAUCCAUGUCUCUUUCUGUUGGAAAGAUGCCCAGGAGAAGAGUCAGUGUUGCUGUUGUUUCAAAAUUUGAGCUCCCUGGCCAGUCACCUGGAACAUCAGCCAUGCCUUUGAUGCCAUCUUCCACACCGGAGUCAUCAAAUGGAAGAAGUCAUGUGACAUCAACCCCUGUCUUACCUGCGCUUAUAGAGAAUGGAAAAUCAACUGGAGACCAGGAGUGUGACCCUCUUCCUUCAGUGCCCACACUGAUUGGCUUGGAAGAAAUCAGCCCAGAGACAAAAGCCAGAAUAGAAGAGGAAGCUUAUAACAAAGGUUAUCAAGAAGGCUUAAAGAAAACCAAGGAACAUGAAGAGCUGAAAGAUGCUGAUGAAGAAAAAAUGCAUGAAAACCCCAAUGAAUUCAUAGCAGGUGAAAAUGAUUAUGAAAUCAGCAAGCAACACAGCAAACUUGAGGUUGUUAUCCAUUACGUACAAAUACUUUACCCCAAACUGCAUAAACACUGGAACAUACUCUGGAUUGUGGCUGCCAUUAUCAUCAUUUUUGCUGCGGUGCUAGGAAUUUCCAGUUUAUAUAAUUACUUCUCCUCCUGUACUGAGUUACGAGAUGGGCAACAAGUGAAAGCUACCUGUUCUGCUGUCCAGCAAUAUUCCUGGUGGAACUCGGGAUUACAACACGAUCAACACACGGAAUAACAAAAGCAUGAAUGGGGAAAAAAGCCGCUUUGAAUCAGAAGUGCACAAAGCAAAGCAGCUUCAUCACUUCCAUGGUGGUCAAAUGUGAUCAGUAACCCACCACUUAGUUUCUUUUGUGUCAUCAGACUUGUGAUUGCUGUGUGAUUUUUAACUAGCCAGAUACACCAGCCAAUAAAUGCUAUUCUCUUUUAUGCUAA